GAUCUAGUGUUACUAUAGAUAGUUUUUGUGGUCUUGUUAUUGAUUAAUGUUUUAUGUUCCAUUCCAGAUGAAACGGUAUCAGUUUUAAGAAGCGAAAAGGUGGAACUGACAUGCCCGAUCGACAUCGCGACCUGCGGCGAGCUGCACUCGCUCAAGUGGUUCAAGGGCACCGAUCGCAUCGCGGUCGUCUCCGGUGACGGCGAGGUGGCCAAGGUCGAGGGCAGCUACAACGAUCGUCUGUACCUGGCCCACGAGGCGCAGAGCAGCCGGCUCAUCUUUAAGAACGUGGAAAUCUCCGACGAAGAUACAUAUCUGUGUGAAACUACUUUUUUAGAACCCUCCGAGUUGUGUGAGAACUCCGGAGCGUAUAGUAUAGCACUCAAUGUUUACGCCAUACCCUCUGUAAUAGCACUCCAGGAUGGCAGUAGAAAUAGUAUUAAGAACGGUUCACACGUUGGACCGAUGCGGGAGGGUCAGGAUCUGCAAGUCGUUUGCGAAGUUUAUGGCGCCCGUCCAGUACCUGUGAUAAGUUGGCAUCGAUCCGGGAACGUUGUUAGAGAUUCACAGAUUGUGGAGGACCACAAUGGGCUAUUCACAGUCAAGUCAACGCUAUCACUCACUCUGUCGCGGCAGGAACUGGGCGCCACCUACAACUGUCGCGUCGAGAUGAAAGAACUGCAGCUGGUUGUGGAUAAUCAUUUUCAUAUCGAUUUACAAGUGAGACCUACAAAGAUCAAUUUAUCCGGUGUCAAACAUCACACGGUGCAGGGUACCAAAGUGUUGUUACAGUGCCAGGUGAGUGGCGCUCGGCCGGCUGCCAACAUGACGUGGUACAACUCGUCCAAGCUGAUAUCGGACGAAACGAACGAGAUCACCAGCAUCAGCACGAAAACGUACUUGCAAAACGACGGUACGUUCGAGACCAUCAGUCAAAUGAUUUUCACUGCGACCCGCUUCGAGAACGGUGCAUCGAUGCGCUGCGAGGCGGACAACAUCGUGAUGCGUGAGGACGGCGACCGGCCACUGCACGAUACCCUCACGCUCGAGGUCAUGUAUCCACCGGUUGUAUCGGUCAAACCGGACAACAUCACCGUCAACGAGACGCACGAUUUUCUCGUCUUCUGCGACUACGAGGCCAACCCGGCCUCGCUGGAGAGCGUCAAGUGGUUCCGCAACGGACAGGAGAUCAAACUGAACAGCGCCCGCCACGAGGGUGGCAACCCGGAACAGACGGCCCUGCUGAUCAAGAACUCAACCCGGGCCGACAUCGGCGCGUACACCUGCGAGCUGUCCAACUCCAUCGGGUCCGAUGUGUCCGAUAACGAGAUUUAUGUGGAUGUUCUGUACAAACCGAUCGUGGUGCUCAACAUGGACCCGGAAACGCACGUGAUCGAAAACGAUCAGGCAAACAUAACGCUCCUAUGUAACAUCGUAGACGGUAAUCCGCUGGUGCUGACCAAGGUGCGCUGGUUCUUGGAUGGGGAAUUUCUGAAGGAACUGCCCGAGUGCGACGAUGACAGCCUGGGAGAUGAGAAUCUGUGCGAGGUGGAUCCGACCAAGAUGCUACUGCAGAACGUGGGCCGUGAAUUUAUCGGCAACUACUCGUGCGAGGGUUUCAACGUUGCCGGCUGGGGCGAUACCAGCGAAGACCAUCCGUUGGAUAUUUUCUACGAGCCGGGCAAUGCCACGAUGACACACUCGCCGCAGAUAGCAAUCAAGCGGAAGAGUGUAACGUUCAACUGCUCGGUGGAGGAUCGGGGCAACCCGGUUGCGACCAGGUACCGGUGGUUGCGUGGCGGCAAGCCGGUCAUGGACGUGGUGACACCCACGUGGACGGUGGACCCGGUAGGGUUAGACUCGAGGACUACCUUCUCGUGCUUUGCCUACAACGAAGGUGGAGAAGGCAACGCGGCUGAGGUCCGUUUGGAAGUACACGCACCGCCGGCGUUCGUUCAAAAGUUGCAUCCCUACACCGGUGCGCUGUAUUCGACGUCGAACAUUUCACUCGCCUGCCGUGUGGAAUGCGUGCCAUCGUGUACAAUCUCCUGGUUCAAGGAUGGCGUCGGAAUUGAAGAUUAUGAUGAGAGAUAUUAUAUUACUAACAAUUAUUUAGGUGCAACGCCGGCUACUGGUGACUUUGAAACUGCCUAUUCUGUAUUGCAUUUUAAUAUGUCCGCCUGGCCGGAUGGCAUCCUUGAUCGCAUCAGAGACAGCUCCAACUACUCUUGCGUCUCGUCGAACAACUCAGCAGGCCCUGGAGUGCGCAGCACAACCUAUUUCGGCGUCGAAUAUCCUCCGGAAAACACCUCGCUCUCGAGUCCGGUCAUUUCGGUGGAGGAAGGCAAGCUGCCACCACGGAUCGUUUGCUCAUCCCGCGCCUAUCCGGAACCGGCCUUCUACUGGACGCGCAACGGGGAAAUCAUCGUGAAGGGAAGUUCGCUAAUUGUGAAUAAUGUGAUGGAACGGUCGGACGCCGGCAAUUACACCUGCACCGCGUUCAACAAGCACGGCAAUCAUUCGACGGAUGCAAUCAUCGACAUACACUAUAAACCCACCUGCAGCAUCAUUCGCAAGGAAGUGAACGACGAGGACGUUCUGGUUUGCACGGCCAACGGCAGCCCACGGGAGUCGGAGUUUGAGUGGAGUCUCAAGUACGAAAAUGACACGCUGCAGAACCACAAGACGCGUGGCGAUGCCUACGAGAGCACACUGGUUCUGGAUAGUGACGUUUCCGCCAUGCGAACGUACGUUUGCAUCGCCAGCAACAGCGUCGGAAUGGGAACACCGUGCGAAAUCGAAGUGGCAGGAUACGUUGCCUGGUGGCUUAAGGGGGACAUUUUGACGCCCUACAUACUGGUUGCGGCCGUUGCAGCACUGCUCCUAGCAGUGAUACUGAUUUGUGUUAUCGUCAUCUGCCUUUGCCGCCGCAAGAGACGGCAGGACAAAUCCUCCAUCCACCACAUCGAGGAGAUCGAAGAUGGCGAGUUUUCCUUCACGAAGACGCAAAGGCCCCCCGAAAAACCACAACCGGACGCUUCGGAAAACAUCCAACAGUACGAUAAAACCGUCCGCUGGCGGAUCCGUCGGUUUUUCGAGAAACGGAACAGCAUCGAUCUGUUGAAGCUGUCCACCCAGAAUGUUAUUACUUAUGUUAAAAAGCCACAAGUUCCAACCACGCCAGCCAGCGCGGCCGCCACCAAAGAACCGCCGCAAGCAAGCGAUGAUAGAAAUGAGAAUGUACCGUCAACUAGUGCAGAUGUAGUAGUUACUGGAGAAUCAUCUACUGCUGGAGGAUCCCAAAUCGAACCAGGAGAGUAUGAAAACCUUCCCUUCCACGGACUGCAAACACCACCCAAGAAGGUCAUGCUAGCCAAAACCAGUCUCACACCGGUCGUGAAGUGUCCUAACAAAUCACUAACCCCGUCAUGUUUUCCAACUCAUCCGUAUAACUACAUCAACUACCAGCAACGUGCUGACAGCAGCAAUCCGAGUGCCACCAGCGCUAGCAAGCCACCGUCCAGUUCCGGUCUUUCGUCCUAUAACACAAGCCAAUCCACCGUGCUAACUAACCAAAGCAAUAAAUCGUCCCUGUCCAGCAAUCAGGAGUCGUCGGCAAUCAAAACUGUCGAACGUAAAAAACCUCUCGUGGGUGGACAUCACCAGCAGCUGCUGGACAACAGCGAUUCUCUGUCGACCCACAGUCUCUCGUCGGGCAAGUCUCUGAAGCGACCCGGUUCGGGAAGUGCCGGGGAAACCAAGAAGCUAAUCGAUCUCGAAACGGUCACCCCGCUGUACGAGAAUCUAACCGAUUCGAUUCAGAUUCACGAGUCCCCGAUGGUUCCCAGUCCGGGAGCGGGAAUUGGCGGAAAGUUUACGAUCGAUGGUCAGGAACGGUACAAAAUUAGUCUGCGGAAACCGCGACGGUCAAGCAGCCGCUCUAACAGCGCAGUUUCCAACAGCUAUUAUGACUGCAUCAAACCGAUUCCGGCUCCUCGCCAUCGAAAGUACGCUUCGACCAAUUCGUUGCUAUCGAAAAAUAUCCAAUUGUACAGCAACAAGCUGGAUCCGAUCUACAUGAACCUACCGGUUAGCUCCGGUUACGAGACGGAUCCCCGAGGGAAUGAUGAGUUCAACUCUGGCAGUGAGUGUCCCUCCGCGUACGAUAAUCACUACUUCGAAAUCACCCAGCACCAGACGCGUAUCCUGAUACCGAAGGAGCUUUUCCCCGUAGAUAGAAGCAAUCAAGUCAAGAUCAACCAAUUACUGAAGAAGAAUCUCGUUUCCUCGAACCGACGUCACAUUAAACUGCCUUUACAAAAACAUCAUAGCUUUAAUUUCCAAUCCUCCCAAACGGUGGAAGCGACGGUGCGCGAUCUCAAGAUCAAAUCCCACUCGAUCAGCUCGAAAACGUUGCGCGACUACCGCAACGGCAGCAAUGGCGUCCCGCCCAACAGCAGCACCAACAGCAGCAAUACUAGUAGCAAUUUUAUCAAUAGCAAUAGCAUCAGCAAGUUCCCGACAACGGCCGGCAAUCCCGCAACCAAUCCGUUUAUCAACAGUAGCAGCAAUAGCAGCAACAGCAGUAGCAGCGCACUAACCACUAGCAGUAGUCGCCGUUCGUUGGCUGCGGCUCGGCAGCACACGACCCUGGCCACGGCCACACUGGCCACAGUCCGGCAGCAUCCCAGCCAGUCGCACAGCGAAGAGGACAGCAGCGGUAGCGACCCGGAGCCGAAAGGUCUCCAAUAUCUACACAACAAUCAUCCCCAGCAGCAUCACCAGCAUCAGCAUCAGCAUCAUCACCAUCAUCAUCAACAUAACAAGCAGAAGCACUCGCAUCAGCGACAUCACACCCUGGGCGGACCACCACCCACGUCGUCCACUGUUCCGGCUCCGGUGCCACCGGUCUACAAGUAUGAAUCUAACUCGGUAGCCUUUAAACCUAUCACUCCUGUGCCAAUGAGUACUCCAGCAAUAACUAACUCUAAAUCAUCGUCAUCGGUUAAUAAUAAUAACGAUAUGUGUAAAGAUAAAUUUGCUAUUAAAUAA